AACUCCCAAAUUUGUAACCGCAAGAUCUAAAAACGUGUAUAAAAUAAAUUGUUUGCAAAAUAAAACGUUAAACAUUAUUAAGAGCAAAAAUUGAAUCCCUAAGAAAACAAGAAGCUGUAACAAUAAAUUAUUCAGACAGGAAGACCAAAUUAACCCGUCCAAUUUCGACGAGAUUUUUAAGUCGCGCGUAAACCAAAAUAACAGCGAAGAAAAGAAAGAGGAAGCAAUAGGCGCGAAUACCACAGAAGCUUAUGAGACAUUCUUGAAGGGGCGCCGACGGAUUACCAUCAGUUUACUCAUUCGUCCCGGAUGUUCAACGGUCUCGGGUGCACCUGCGUUUAGAAGUUGUACGGUGGUGCCGCCGCUGCAACCUAACGGAAAAUAUGCGAAGCUAUCGAAAGGGCAUCGCGUUCGUCUGUUCCCGUCGCCGUUCGUGCACAGCGGUCAGAGACACGAGAGCUUUCGGUCGGUGGUGGGGGUAACUGGAUAGAAAGAGAGAGAACGAGAGAGGGGGGAACAUACGAGUUCGGGGAGGGGGUUACGUUCGGUUCUCAUCGGUGUACGGCGUUAAGGCGACGAGCAAGAGAGAGCGAGCGAGAGACAUUGCCAAGCGCACACGGUACGAACGUCCAGUGGCAUGUUUCAAACACUCGACAUGCUUGUAGUGGCGCGAGGUUGUACGAAAGAGUAGUUUGUGCGUAUUCUUGGCACUUGAAACAACGGACUUGACACCGUGCACAAUUGUACGAUUCGAGCAAAAGUGUCUCGCGGUGAAACGGGGUGUCGAGUAAAAACCGGAGUGAAAUAGCGUGCGGGUGAACGCAACAGGAAUUCUGACAUUGCUCGAAGGAACGUAAAGUUUAGUGCGAGAAGGAAAAGGGAGCACGGUGAAAUGUACUCGACAGCCACCGGCAUUAGCGUGCGUUUCUUAAAGCGGGUCGCAGAUGCUGUCCCGUCUCUGCUCUGAGAAACUCGUCGUUGUUCCUGUGGCACGAAAAGGAGCACGACGUGACUGUUCGGCACGGUCUAUCAAUUUUAUUCUCGAAAAUCUGUCAAUGAAAGCGAGCUGUUCGCGUAAGACGAGCUCGCUAGUGUUGGCCUGUUUAUUUGCCGGCACAGUGCCGUAAGUAUUCUACGAGUGAACCUGCUUUCGUGCAAGAACAGUAGAAAUCGAAGAAAGGUGUAGAGACAUAAUAUCGCUGUACGCCGAUGGAAAAUCGAAGCCUCGUUAAAUUAGAGGUUUAGAGUGUAAAUGGAAGUGGAGCAUAAGUGAGACGACAGAGAAGGGGUGAAAGUGGUUUUAAUAAUCAAAUUCAAGUUUUUUCUGUGGUGUGAAAAUUUUGAAGGCUGUGGUAUUUUUGAUUUUAAUCAGAAAGUGAGCAGUGCGGGAUUAAGAAAAGAGGAGAAAGGGUUAUGAUAAUGUAAGAAAUAUCUGUAUACGGUCUCGUGCAAAUGUAGGACCACGGUACUGUCUCAAGGCAAGAUACCAACAGUGGACUUUUCUUCGACGGCCAGCUAUGUUAACGGUGGAAUUCCGCUCGAGAGGAAUCUGAAGGCGGGGACUCUGACGUCACUCCGCUCAUGAUAAUGAGCGUGUAUGUGGCACGAAGAGUGUGUGCUCGCGCGCACAAAUAUGUGCCUGUCGACUGGUCGGUGAUAGAGAGUUUUGGAUGGAUUUAGAGCGCAGUGAAAUAUGCCAAGGAGACGGAAUGGGGAGAUACCGCUUCCGGAAGGGUGGGACGUCGCGCGAGACUUUGAUGGAAAAGUGUAUUUCAUCGAUCACAACACAAGAAAAACAACGUGGAUCGAUCCUAGAGACAGGUUUACAAAACCUCAAACAUUUGCAGAUUGCAUUGGAAACGAGCUUCCACUUGGCUGGGAGGAAGCUUACGACAAACACGUUGGUGCAUACUACAUUAAUCAUGUCAAUCAGACGACACAACUCGAAGAUCCAAGGCAAGAAUGGCGAGCCAUUCAAGAGGCUAUGCUUCGAGAAUAUCUUCAGACCGCACAGGACGUGCUCGAGGCGAAGAAGGAAAUCUACGAUGUGAAGCAGCAGAGGCUAUGUCUGGCCCAGGAUGAGUACAAUCACCUUAACAACGCUCUAACGACGCUCGGCGCAUCGCGUACAAGUUUGUGCUCCAGUUCAAGUUCCUUGAGUACCAAGUAUGAUCCGGAUCUUUUGAAAUCCGAUGUCGCACUCGCGAGGAGUCGAGUUUCCCGACUAAAACGAGAACUCGAACAGAUUCGAGCAGAAAUGAAUUGUACGCAACGAGGAGUGGACACUCUUUCAAGUGUCGAACAGAAACUAAGCGGGCACCAUGGAGGUUGCUACAACAUCACCGAGGCCCAGGCUAUAAUGACAGAGCUCCGCAACAUUCAGAAGUCCCUGAGUUCCGGCGAGAAAGAGAAAGCUGAAUUGAUGCAGUCCCUGGCGCAGCUGAAGGACGAGCUGACGAGAUUGCAGCUCUGCGAGGGUAGUCCCGAGGCUAGUACCCUCAGCUUGCCCCAGGAGAAGCUCAGCACAGCAUCCCAGACAGAUCUAUCCGGCGAGUUGGUGCCAAUUGGCACUCGCCUGGCUGAGAUGGCGAGAAUGAGGUUGCAAUACGACGAGGCAAGGAAGAGGAUACAGCACAUUCAACAGCAGCUAGCAGAUCUUGAAGAGAAAGUGACACCCGGUCAAACGGAAAGCGACAAGGAUAAACUGUUGCUCUUCCAGGAGAAGGAACAGCUGUUGAGGGAGCUACGAAGUAUCACUCCUCGCACCAGAACGCAGCAGGACAUGAAGAAGAUCCAGAGCGAGAUCCGUCGUCUGGAGCAGGACCUGAAUAACGCGCUGGAGCUUUCGAAUAAGACCAUAACUGACCGCGUGCGGCUUCACGAAGAGAAACAGCUACUGCUGCAACAGUUGAGGGACGCUUUGCGCUCCAUGGCGACGCUGGAAAAUCAACUGAAGACCUUGAGCGCGAGCACGCUGUCGGUGAGCAGCAGUUCCAGUUUGGGAAGUCUCAGCACGACCAGCAGCAAGGGUUCUCUGAGCUCAGGCCUGAGUUUCACCGACAUUUACGGCGGUCCUCAGUGUCUGGGCCCCGUUAGCUCGCAGCAAGAGCGACCUGUCGACAUGGUUGACCUACACAGACGCGUCGAACGAUUGCUUAGAGGCUCCGAACAAAAUAAUCUCGUCAGCACUCCGUCACCCGGUCGGUCACAGCCCAGCUUGUCUCCAAGGUCGAGCCUGUCCAGUGUCAGUCCGCCCGUUUCGCCGCUCUACGAAAACGCUCCGAUGGGGCCACCACCCGCAUACGAACACGUGGAGAUGCAGAGGCGGCAGCAUCAAAGACCUACCACCUCGUCAAACGCCCACCUGGAUGGAACUCAAUUGGAAGACCGAUUGGCGGAACUCAGGCUCAGCCAACAGCAAACCUCGUCACACGAGCAGUCGUGCGUUGGUUCUCAAGAUCGCUUGAAGCUGGUCGGUGGUCCACAUCCACCUGUCGAGCUGCAGUCUGGGAACAUGUCACAAGGCAGCGGUCUUGGUAGGCCUGUCUGCGUGAUACAACACCAGGUACCCACGCAGGAGCCACCACCUCUGUCGCCGAUCAGUGAGACACCUCCGCCGACUGGAAUAAGAUCGAGAGCCAGCAGUUCCGGAACCAACACCAGAUCGGUUUCAGCAGCCGUUUCCGACGAAAGUGUUGCCGGUGAUUCGGGAGUGUUCGAGGCCUCUAAUCGUAGGAAAGUACUGGGAAUGAUCGGAGACGUGGAUUCGUUGGCGCUUGGGGAGAUGAGUCCGGAGACGGCGCAGGUGCAAAUUAAGCUUAGAUACUCUGUAAGUGACGGUCUACUUCAUGUUGGAAUUGAACGUGCAAGGAAUCUAGCUGCCCUUUUUAUUCCUAACAAUGCGCAAGUGUAUAUAAAAGCUGCAUUGCUUCCGAUGCAGCCGCCCGUUAAUCACAUGUGUUGUACAAAACCUGUUGUGGAUUUGCGCAAACCAACAUUUGGUGAAACGUUUCCCAUCGCAGUACCACUCAACAAAUUAUACACGAAGACAUUGCAAGUUAACGUUUGGUGCACGGGCAAUGAGUCUGAGGAAUGCUUGGGAUGUGCCCAAGUAUCGCUUGCAGACUUCAGUCCAGAAUUGCCAAGCGUAAAGUGGUACAACAUACUCUCCUUUCGCUUCAUGCAGCCAUCCGAUAGUCCUAGCACCAGCACUAGCAACAGCAACAGCAUCUCCACCAGCGUAGCAAGACAGGCUAAGCAUGACAAACAAGAGUCGGAUAUAUCGGUAUAUCGUGGUGGACAGAACACCAAGGAGGAGAGCAGUGACGAGAGCACGAUCAUCAGCUCUCAGACGUCUACCUUAACUAGAAAUCAGGGCUGCGACGAAUUGCAAACCGCCAUCUCGUUGAGGCUGGAGGAGUUAGCUAAUUGCUUGGGCAGCCCGGAGGAGGAGGACGAAAACGGUGGUAGCGAAAGCGGAAGCGAGGACAGUGAUGAAGAGGGCAUCAUUGUGGAAUUUGUGAUGGAAGACAAUGUUUUGGAGGAUGUUUUAGAGCAUGAGGAGGAUGAAGAGCUGAACGAGGAAGCAAGACAAACUCAAGACAAGGAAACCAACACUGAAUGUAUUUUCAUACCAGAACAGGGAAAACAGAGAAAACUUUCAGCGGCCGGGGUUGUUUCGAAUGCUUUGCACGAUGAUAAAAAUUCGAUUGUAAUCAAAAGAAGUCAGACGUUUUCGCCCAGUGCUGCAGUCAGCAAAAAUCACUAUAUCUGUCGGUUGAAUCGAAGCGACAGCGAUAGUAGCAUGCCGCUUUAUCGCAGAGGCGGUCCUUUCCAGCGAAAUUCAGUAGAAAGACGAUCCCUUCGGUGGCGAAGACCCUCGUCUGCUCUCAGCUGCAAAACCGCUUCAAAGAAAUCCACCAAUUUGCCGCCUACUGCUAGAACCUCGCUAGACCUUGAAUUGGAUCUUCAAGCUCAACACGCCAGAUUAAAUAAUCUUCAAGACGAGCUGAGCAGAUUGCGCGAAUUGAAGCAGAGGUUAGAGCAAGCUCGAGAGAAAGGGGAUACUGACUUCGCCACGUGGUUGCUGGAAGACCACAAGUUCCAGAAUCUUAUGGCGCAGGCUGAAAGCGGAAAGAAUGGCAAAAGUGCUGAGGAUAAGAGAGUGGAAAAGAUGCUGAAGAAAACGUCGAAAGAGAUUUAUAAGCUGAGGAAAACGAAAGCUGGCAAAGGAAAACCUGAUAUUAUUUCUUUCAAAGAAAAGAUGGCUUUCUUCACGCGUGUUAAUCUCAAUGUUCCUGUGCUUCCACCCGAAGAUUCACUGUGCGAGAAUGCAUUAUCAUCCCCAUCAUCCGCUCAACACAAAAGACAUGCCUCGGAACCAGUUACCACUGAAUCCAUGGUUACUAAACUUGGUGCUCAAUGUGCAUUGAAUUCGGCUACACGGUCAAACAGUGUUCCUAGCGGAAACGCGUCUGCGGUGAGGACUGAAGGUGCCGCGAGCAAUAACGCGAGUACGACUACAAAUAUAGCCGAAGACGUUCCGACGAACAGUACAAAUAAAUCUGUGAACGCGAAGGGUCGGCCUAACGAAUCGAAUACGCACUGUCAGGAGAAUGGUCAAAGCGAGAAGACAUCCGAAGAUGCCGACGGCGAAGAGCCACGAAGAUACGAAUAUGUGGUCGACAGAGUUCUCGGUGUCGAAGUGUAACGUUCGUACACUAGGCGUCCUUUCUUUUCUUUUUUCUUACGGACAGAUCGGUAAUUAACGUACUACGACUUACCAUAAAUAAUUUAAAUGAACAAGCGAAGUAUCGGGAAGAAAGGAAUAUUGUUUCCUCGCUCUUAUCGAAUUCAAGGUGCCAUGCACAAUGAUCGAAGAAGAUGGAAAAUACGAAUGAAAAUGGACUGUUUACCGAAAUACAUUUUAACGUUUCAUAUAACGGCGAAUAUGUAAUGUUAGUGUAACUAGUACAACGAAUUUAACCAAGUGUUGCCGAUAUUGUUAUUGUUAUUGGUUAUCGACGUGACGACGCGAUGCCGUGAAAAUUCUAGGGAGAUUCGAGGCGAUAGCGAAAAAUGCGCGACCCAAGCGCUCUGUACAUACGAGAACGUAAAUUAUUUAAAUGAGAUUUAUGCGAGAAUUAUUUAAUUAAUCGAUUCCAUCGGGUUCCUCUGUUGUUCUGGUUUAUUCUGUGUAUCGCUUUACGCACCUUGCGUUUUGGAGCUCACACAACCCCACCGAGCAGCUGGACUGCAAUCUGAAAAUGUAACAAAAGAUAAAGGGAAAGAGGAUAUUUAGCCCUGGUUGGCGAAAUUUUGCCUUGAUUCCAUUAUUGCCAUUUCUUAACGUGUUCACAAUUAGUUAUUAUACCGACUAAUAGAAUUGGCUUUUUUAUUGCAAUGAGAUCAUCUAUUAUAUCUUAUUUCUUUUAUUUAAAAAACAACUUGGCAAUGUAUAUCACUGUCUGGAAAUUAUGUACAAUAUUUUUAUAUUUACAAAAACAGAAAAUGAAAUUAGGAUAAUGCCACAUCAGUGCUAUAAAACACGAAAAAAUCAUUUUAUGUACUAAUUGAGGAACCUGAUAAGGAUCUGGUAUUUUCUGGGGGACUAGUAAAAUCUUUGAAACAUCAAGAAUGUAAAUAACUCUGUACAUACGCAUCGGACAAUCAUGUUUAAGCGUUACAAAAUAUAAACAUGCAGAUGCGAUUUGAUAUACAUAAUACCUGUGUAUGUUAACUGUAUACGUGCAGGUACAUACGUUUUAUGUUAAACGUAUGUUCGCACGUAUGGACGUUAGUAUGCUUGUGUCCACAUAAUGUAUGUAUGUACCUAUAUAAAUAUAUAUAUAUAGACAGUGAAAUUACGCGGUAAAUUUGUAUUGUAUUUGGCCGCGAGGAUACAUUUUCAUGGUUAAAAGUACGUGUACAACGUUUUGUUACUUCUGAUAGCAUGAAAUGUUAGAAACGCGUGAUAGGGUCACAUCGACACCAAGUGUAUCGAGCCUGUUAUGCGUAUGUAUGUAUUUAAUUAACGCGUUAUUAUUAAUGUAUUAUAUACCAGUGUGACGUUGUGCCUUACUGCGUCGAAGCAAGUGUAACGAUGAUGGUGUGUUGAUAGCGAUGAUGAUAGAGAAUACGAUAACAAUAGCAACAGCAAAAGAAGCAAAAAAACAACGAUAACGAUGCUAAUAAUCAUGUUAAUGAUGGCGACGACAAUGUUGACAAUGAUGGCAAUGAUAAAUGACGACAAUGAAUGUAAUAGAACACGAAAUAUGAAUCAUCGUACUGAUAUCGAUUAAGAAUAGUAAUAACAGUAAUAAUAAGUUCGUAAUGAAAUAUACACAUACAUAAACACGUACAUCCUCCGAGAAAAAACAACCACAGUAUGACUUGUAAGUAAUGAUAAUGAUUAAAUGGUAGUGAUUCGUAUGAUAACGAUUAAAUGAAAAAAAUACAGUAUAUUCUUGCCAUAUUAUUUUGUAUCGUGAAUUUGUUUCUCAGAUUUUUAAUGAUUAAUAUACUUCUUUUGACCCCUGAA